AUGUCUGAACAAUUAGAUACUGUCGACAUUACUGCCCUUAAUGCUAUUGCUGCAGGUACCAACAAGAAAGUCCCAAGAAUUGUGGCUGCUGGUUUGGGUGGUAAAUUAAUGGGUACUGCUGAUAUGGUUAAAGUCACUGCAGAACAAAUUACUCAAGAUUCAAUGGAAACUUUGGCAGAAAAAGAUGAACGAGAAAAACAAAAAUAUGCCACUAGGAAACAUAUUUCUGAACAACCUUGGACUAUUGGAAAUUUCUAUCAACAUAUUAAUUGGUUAAAUUUCAUAUUAGUUUGUGCUAUUCCUGCUUUUGGUGUUUAUUCGGCAAUUUUUAAUCCUCCACAAUUAAAAACCAUGGGUUUAGCAUUUAUGAUGUAUGUUUUCAGUGGUGUUUCUAUUACUGCUGGUUAUCAUCGUUUAUAUUCUCAUAAGUCUUAUGAUGCUGCAUUACCAGUUCGUUUAUUCUUUGCCUUUUUUGGUGCCGGUGCUAUUGAAGGUUCUAUUAAAUGGUGGAGUCAUUCCCAUCGUAUUCAUCAUAGAUAUACUGAUACUUCAAGAGAUCCUUAUGAUGCUAGAAGAGGUUUCUGGUUCUCUCAUAUGGGUUGGAUGUUAACUAAACCAAAUCCAAAGAAUAGAGCCAGAGCUGAUAUUUCUGAUUUAGCUGCUGAUUGGGUUGUUACUUUCCAACAUAGACAUUAUUUAACUAUUAUGUUAUUCUCGGGAUUUAUUUUCCCAAGUCUUGUUGCUGGAUUAUUAUGGGGUGAUUAUUAUGGUGGAUUGAUUUAUGCUGGUAUUUUGAAAUGUUUCUUUAUUCAACAAGCUACUUUCUGUGUUAAUUCUUUAGCUCAUUGGAUUGGUGUUCAACCAUUUGAUGAUAGAAGAACUCCUCGUGAUCAUGUCUUGACUGCUUUUGUCACUUUUGGUGAAGGUUAUCAUAAUUUCCAUCAUGAAUUCCCAUCUGAUUAUAGAAAUGCUUUAAAAUGGUACCAAUAUGAUCCAACUAAAAUUGCUAUUUUUAUUUUAUCAAAAUUAGGAUUAGCUUGGAAUUUAAAGAAAUUCUCUCAAAAUGCAAUUGAACAAGGUUUAAUUCAACAACAACAAAAGAAAUUAGAUAGAAUGAAAUCUAAAUUAAAUUGGGGUACUCCUGUUGAUAAUUUACCUGUUUGGACAAGAGAAGAAUUUAAUACUAGAGCUAAGAAAGAAGGUUUAUUAAUUGUUUCUGGUAUAAUUCAUAAUGUUAAGAACUUCAUUAAAGAACAUCCAGGUGGUCAAGCUUUAGUUAGAGCUUCUUUAGGUAAAGAUGCCACCAAGGCUUUCAAUGGGGCUGUUUAUGCUCAUUCUAAUGCUGCUCAUAAUUUAUUGGCUACCAUGAGAGUUGCUGUGGUUCAAGAUGGUGAUAUUAAUGCAAACACUUUUGCCUUACAACAAGAAAUGAUGGACAAGGAAAAACAAAGUUAG